GGAGCCUGGUGCUCACAGGCACAACUGGACUACUGGAUAACUGGAUUGUAGCCCACUGGAUAUUUACCUAAAACGGUACCAGCAAAGUGUCUGGCUGUGGAAAAACCCCAUUUUAUUACUAAGUGUGAAUUAGAUAAAAAGUAAAGAUGAGCAGUGUGGCAAAUUGGCUCGUCCAGAACAGGGACAAGAUCGAGAAAGGUGUGGAGAUCAUGGGGCAAGCUUCUGAAGUGCUUGCUUCCACUGUGGGCCAGCUUCACCCUGUCUUGGAGGCUGUGUUCGUGGCUUCAGCCGAGCUACUCAGCAACCCGGACAGCAAAGAGUCUCGUUACAUGCAGCAGCAGUUCGACAAGGUCAACCAGAAACUCGAGGGGAUCCAAGAUGAGAUUGACAAAAUUGCACUGGAGCUGCAGAGGACGUCGAUGAACAAGCAGAACUUUGAUCGAGAGGCUCAGAUGCUCAGCCAGUAUGAAAAGUUCCAGGACUUUGUCAACGCCAAGCCAAAGUUCAAGGAGAAGAAGAUGGAGAAGUUCCUCAGCCAUUACGAGAACACCGAUGGCGAUUUGAACUUGGACGCCCUUUACAAUGCUGUCACUGGGGAGAACACCUCAGGAGACCCUAUGCUGGAAACAGUAGUCACCACAGAGCAGAGAGGCAGAAGGGCAGUUGAAGAUUUCUGCGCCCGGCUGAAAAAGCUCUUUGUGGUCGGCAUUAUUGCUGUUAUGGGCCAUUCUGCACUCAAGGAAGGAGUAGUCGGGGAGGAGAUGGUGAAGAAGUGGCAAGAGCGGAUGGAGGAUGUGGAGAAACGAAUGAAAGCAGCUGUGGAUGACUGCACAGACAAUUUUGCAGUUCAAGCCAAGCUGGAUAUGGAGCACCUAGUUCAGGAGAACCCCGGCACAGUCAGCUCCGACUUCACCAAAACCCUUCUGGAUUCACUCGCUAAGAAAUACGAUUGGGUGAACUGGUCUGUCAGGGCCUUCAGUGACAGGGAGCGCAUUUUCUUUUUCAACUGGCUGGCAGGAAAGAAGUACCAUGGAAGUGGUGGAGCCAACUGGUUUGACAUUUUGACCAAGACCAAGAUCAAAGUGGUGAUCUCUUUCUGCAGUAACCCCAAGCCCAUUGACAAGAGUAAGAUCAGGGAGCAGAUUGAGCAGCAGAAGCUAAAGGGCAACAUGAUGGCAGUGGCUCUUAAUUUGAACAAGGAAUUCCCCAACUGCCUGGUCCACGCUGUCAGCCAUUAUAAAGACGUGGUGGAGACCAACAACUUUGAUGUGGAAUGUUAUUACUAUGGGAAACACAAAAGAGCGUACCUGUGUAUCCACCCAGAGUAGGCUCAAAGAGUAAUGUAAAGUGUAGCUGCGUGUGGGAGGAUAUGAGCUACAGAUACAUUAAUGAAUGUCUUCACAGAAUCCUGGAAAUGCUUUCAUAGAAAUAUAGAAAACUAUUCAUAAAUAUUGUCUGUGCUGAUGCAUAAUCUGCUCUUUUUGGGUUCUGGUUUGUGAAUCAUUUUCUAACUCUUUUGAUUUUUUAUUCUUAUUCUGUAUCUUUCCUCAGCUGAUGAUGAUACCACAGCUUGAGGGUGUUAUAGAAAUUUCAGAGCCAUACAUACAUCUCUAUGCCAGCUUCUCUUUACUGUUAUGAAACAUAUAAUGAUUUUUACCGGGGCUGGGUGAUAGGACGAUUGAGAGAUGAUAUCAGUGUGUCAGUCUCCAGAGACUUUGCCAUGCCGGGUACCCUUUCCCAGUCGGUGUGUAGGACCAAUGUAUGCAAUGUUGUUAAUCAAACAGCAGGACUGAUUUAAGGUGUCAAUGGAUUUGUAAUGUGAGGACAUACCCUGAUUUGUCCAUUUGGAUUUGAAUUUUUUUGGUUAUUUUGACUUUCACAGUUCAUCCUUGAACAAACAAGUAACUGGACCUUGAGUGGAGAUUGUUUUUGUUUCCAACAUCGAAAAGGAACUGUCAUGUAACACAUUUAAAUGAAUACUUGAUUGACACCGCUCUGAUACAGCCUGGAGAUGGUUAGCGUAGCUUAGCACUGUAAUGGUAAUUUCAACUUAUUUGUAAAAUACCCAACCUCCCACCUUCUCACCAAGAUAUCAGACUUUUAAAUUCCUUUGCAUUUCUACUACCUGAGACACCCAUUCAAACCCAUGUGUAUUUUAAAUUGUGUUGACUAGACCUCUUAAUUUCACACUUCAGGGGGUCGGUGCUGAUACCUGCGAAAGACAAAAGAGUGUGGAAUCACACCAUAGGUAAGAGGCCGACCCCACAGCAGACAAAGGACGUUAAACAGCUAGCUGGGUCUCUAUUGUUUUUAGGCUUUACGCCAAGCAAAGCCAACCAUCUCCUGCCUCUAAAUCCAUAUUUAAGGGACAGAAAUGAGAGUAGUGUCAAUCUUCUCAGUUAGUGAAUGAACUUAAUCCCCAAAAAUGACCAAAAAACAUGGAUCAGAAGACCUGAGGUACUCAGAAUAGUGGAAAGCUGCUGAUGAAGACUGUGUGAUAUGAUCAAAAGCUCCAGAACAAGCAAGCAAU